UUGUCCAAGUCAUUUUGCAUAAUGGGUCGUACCAAUCCUCUCGCCCUCCGUCUGCGAGGAGUUGUCAACUGGCCUGGAAACGUCCGGCACCAGCUUCUCGCUGACUACGUGAAGCACAUAUUUCAACACAAUGUCAUCUCUGAACCACACAUUCGAGCAUCGACGAGUGGAAUAUGGAUCAACCUUACAGUUCUUGAACAGACAAAAAGUGACAACCAGCCAAGCUCACACCCACGCGUGCGAAACCCCACCAUAGACUUCCGCAAUGUCCGCCCACUGGAGGCACUUGGACGAUUAGAACGGCGAGUGGACAAACUGGCGAAAGGAAAUCAUUACUUCAAAGAUAUCUUCAAAGGGAAUGCGACAACUCCUCUGGAAGCUUUGGGCGCGGAACAGGACCCCCUUGCUUCCUUACAAAUUUACCGGGAUUCACCGAUCCAUUUGAAAGUCAACGUCAUCAAAAAUCCACUUUUGGACGCACAAGUCUGCGCUCAUUAUGUGGCGAAGCACCUCGCCAACAACCGACCAAUGAACAAGAUAUAUAAGCAACUACUCACAAAAAUCGCAUAGCGGGAUGCGCGUACAGCGGCGGGCGUCCCAAGAAUACGGCAGAUAGUAGGGGUAUCAAUGCUAUCAUAAAACGAUCUCCCCAGACAUGUAUGCAUAUGAUUAAUAUUAAGUACUCCGUCGUUUGAACACUAGAAUCAAAAACAAUAAAAAUACGACUAUGCCAAGCAGGAUGAUGCAAAGCUUUGCUUUUGAUCUGUCCUGGUACUUUGCUCCCUUUUCGAAAGGUCAGGCCCGUCAGCAGAAAAUUCUAGUGAGCAAUAAACACCGGUUCAACACCAAC